GUCACACACAGGGAUCGGCUGCGUCACGUGGUACAACUUUCCGAUCCUGAGUGUGUGUUUCCGAAAAAAAUGUGGAGAAACAAAAACGUUUUGAAAGUGGAAAGGCAGCUUAAUUUAUCUACUGUAUAGCAAAUGACGUUUACUCCACUGAACUCAAGACCAAUGUAAACUAUGAAUAAGGAAGAACAUUGAAGAUUGUUUUUCUUGUUUUAUUCCGUUGAGUUGUUAAUAUCAUUCGUUUGAUUACCCAAUCAGACAUCUAGCACAGGGAUAAUUGCAUCUUCUGCAGGGGACUUGGCUGGACGUGGUGUCCAGAAAAUGCCUCACAACGGUGAUGUGCCCAACGGCUCGCUCCCGAGUCUUCACAGCUUGGAUUAUCAGAGAACACCUGAAUUGUCUUUUCGCUCCGAACAUUUCCCACCUCCUCCCCUGCCGGACCAACCACCUGUGGGGCCCGAGUUUGACCCCAGCGGAAGUGAAGACAACGACGAUUCGGCCAUCGACAUCAAACCUGUCCAUCGGUUCAUCCCAGACUCAUGGAAGAACAUCUUCAGGUCCAGCAGUGGAAGCAGCAAGUUAAAAUCCAUGUUUGGGUCAAGCAACAAGAACUCCACCACUGAGGGCGUUCCCUGCACUCCCCCGCCGAUUCCCGGCUCGUACCGCGAUCCGUACGGGGGAUCCGGGGGCAGUUAUAACUCCCGCAAAGAGCAUGAAGCCAUUCUGUUAGGCGACCCGUUGGAAUCGGUGGACGGCCGUACCGUACACACAGCUUUGACUUACGCUGAACAAGUCGAGGAGUACAACCAGCGCUACGCUUAUAUGAAGUCUUGGGCAGGACUUUUGCGCAUUCUAGGUUGUGUGGAGCUGCUUCUGGGGGCAGCGAUUUUCGCCUGCGUUUGCGCUUCCAUUCACAAAGACAAUGAGUGGUAUAACACUUUCGGAUACUCACAGCCUGGUGGAGCAUACGGCGGAGGUUCUUACGGAGGUUACGGGGGAGGUUACGGAGGAGGGUACGGUAAUGCCUACUACACUGGACCCAAGACGCCAUUCAUUCUUGUGAUUACAGGCCUGGCGUGGAUAGUGACUGUUAUCUUGCUAGUCCUUGGCAUGACCAUGUACUACCGAAUGAUUCUGUUGGAUUCAACCUGGUGGCCUUUAACCGAAUUCUUCAUAAACCUGGCCCUUGCGGUCCUGCUCUUGGCUGCCGGUUGUGUCUAUGUAAAUGACACCUUACGAGGCGGCCUUUGCUACUAUCCCUAUUUCAAUAACGGCAUAAACGGUGUGUUCUGCCGCACCGAAGCCGCACAGACGGCUGCCAUCAUCUUCCUCUUUUUUACCAUGAUUGUGUACUUGGUUGGAGCCAUAGUGUGUCUGAAACUGUGGCGACACGAGGCAGCUCGGAGACUUAAAGAACGCCACGGGCAGGAGAUGCUGCCAAGAGAUUCUCCUCCAGCAGUGCCCUUGGCUGUUGAUGGACCAAGGGAGUUGAUUUCUGUCUCAGCGCCUGUACAGCAUGCGUCCAUGGCCGCCCCCGCCAUCUCCAAGCCCAAAAUUGUGAAAGGACACAUUCCAGCUGGACACGCUCCCAAACCUGUGAUCAUGCCUGACUACAUUGCUAAAUAUCCAACCAUCCGCACCGAUGACCAGCGAGAUCAGUAUAAAGCCGUCUUUAAUGACCAGUAUUCUGAGUAUAAAGAGCUUCAUGUGGAGGUUCAAGCGAUACUAAAGAAGUUUGAUGAAAUGGAUGUGAUGAUGCGUAGUUUACCUCAGAACCCCACAAGUCAGAUGGAGCGUGAUCGCGUUAACAAGAUUCUUCAGGAGUACCAAAGGAAAAAGCUGGAUCCUUCAUUUCUGGAGAAGAAAGAGAGAUGUGAAUACCUGAAAAACAAACUUUCCCACAUCAAGCAGAGAAUUCACGAAUAUGACAAAGUGAUGGGCUGGAAUGAUGGCUACGGCUGAAACGGACAGCGCUGGAUUUUUACUGGAAAAAAUCGUUAAUUUCACACCGGGACACUGAACGUGAUCAUCAAUAAACCUUCAGAGCCACAGUCGUGUGGAUGGUAUUGCAUAUAUUAGAAACACUAUUGACAUGAGGUGCAUAUGCUACUAUUAAACUCUCUCUGAUCUUCUUUACUGAAUAAAAACAACGUCUUCAUGUUUAAUUUCGUAAUGAAUUGCCUGAUGUUUAAAGAAAUGCUGUGUGAUUCUGAGCUCAACAUGUGUAUUUAUGCAAAUGCUUCAGUUUCUGUUUACUACAAAUAUUUUUUAUUGACUCGUUUGAUAUAUUUUAUGCAAAUGCACUGUGUUUAUCUACAAAUGUAUUGUUUUUUAAAUGAAAUUAUAGCUGUAUAAUAAUAUCUGAACAACCACUUAACUAAUUUUAAAUGCACAUCUUGUGCUGUGCAUGCAUUUUGAAUAUGUGAUUUAAACACUGAGAUUUUAUGCAAAUGCUGUUAAGAGUGAAAAGUCCGAACAUUUCAUGCAAAUGUGUUUAUAUUGACUCAUUUUUUAAUAAAAAGGUACUUUAUUA